AGUGGGUAGAAAUAAGGACGUGCAAUAGUGAGAAGUUCAUGAGAAAGGCCUAUACAGAAGUCAAUUGGUUUUUGGUGAUAAGAAAAUUAAAGGUGCUUGGAGAAAAUACUAUUACUUUGUUUGUCUGCUGAAUGAGGAAUUUGAAUGGGACAGGGGCAGCUUAGGAGCAGCAGUGCCAGAAAGAGAUCAUGACCAAGGAUUUGAAGAAAAUUAGUGGAGAAAGUGAUGAUUGACAAAUUGAAGAAUGGAAAGGCUUCUGGUAGCUCUAGAUUGAUUUCAGAAGCACUGAAAGCAUCAAAAAAGGCAAAUAGUAUGGAAUAUAUUGUUCCAGAUGACUAGCUUAAGGAAGUGAUUGUGCACACAGUUAACCCUUAAUCUUGGCAGGGAGCAUGUUCUUGAAAAACCUUGCAAACUUAGAAACCUUAGGUCACUGGAAAAUAAGGGGUUAAGUUCCUGGUGUGACUGAACAUAAGGGAAAUAGUAAAUGUUUCAGGACAAUGACUAUAAUAAACACUGUACUACUAAUAAUAAUCUCUUUCAUUACAGUGAUGGAUCUGUAAUGUGACAUUUUAAUGAUAGGAAACCCUGUUCACAGCUAAGAGGGAGGUUGGGUAUUGAGAGAGUUGGUGAGGUUUUGCAUAGAAGGUGGGAUGAGAUGGUUUGAACAUGGAGAGAAUAGAGUAGACCACAUGACCAACUCACAUGACCCUAUGUUGUGUACCUGAAUGAUGAUGGUACUGUACACACCCCAUCCCCAGCACAGGUGUUACACAAAAUUUAUUCCCACAGGUGUGCUUCACAUUUGUGGCUUGCCACCUGGUUCUUUCACCCACAGGAUGGUUAGUCGUAGUCUAGCAGAAGUGCACAGUAUGUCUGUGGGAGCCGGCGUGUUUGUCACUUCCUCAAAUCCAUCGCGGCCAACUUUGGCCACUCGAAGCCGAUUACCAAGUAUGACCAGUGUAAAAACCAGCUUCUCAGAAGAUGAUGAAGCACUCACAUCCCAAUAUGGUGGAUCAUCAUCCAAAGAUCCCUUGGAAAGGAAUAAAAAAAUUAAGAACUUAGGGUUGCAGCAUCCCCGAGCCAUCUUCUUCCUUGUGCUGUGGUACAUCUUUAGUGGUGUUACCCUCUUCCUCAACAAGUAUAUUCUCACAUACCAAAAUGCUGACCCUCAUGUGCUUUGUGGUAUGCAGAUGUUAAUUACAAUGUUGUGCGGAUUUAUCCAGUUGCGGUAUCCCCUGGGUACCUACAGACCAAUAAAGGGACAGCAGAAACCUGACAACUUUCAGAAACGCAUGCUCACCCUCGGCCUGCUACAACUGGGAACAAUAAUGUUUGGCUUGAUUGCCAUAUAUUAUGUGGCUGUCAGCUUUGCUGAAACUGUGAAGAGUUCUGCACCAUUGUUUACAGUUUUAAUUGCAUAUUUUGUUUUAGGUGAGCGGACUGGUGCUUGCGUAUUCUUCUCACUGAUCCCCGUCAUGCUUGGGUUAGCUCUCUGCUCAAGCAAUGAGCUUUCGUUCAGCAUGAUUGGUUUCUUGUGUGCCUUGACAACUAACCUGUGUGAGUGUGUACAGAGUGUGGUGUCCAAGUCACUACUCUCCAACAAAGCCUAUAUAUACAAUCCAGCAGAACUGCAGUUCUACCCAAACUUAGCAGCUGUCAUCUUGCAGUUUCCCACAUGGUACUUCCUAGUAGAUUUUGGUAAACUCUACAGUCAAAUGGAUCACAGCCUACUAUCUGCCAUUAUUCUUGAUGGUAUAUCUUUCCAUGGCCAGACAAUCACAGCCUAUGUGCUUAUGUCCUACGUUAACCCAGUUACAUACAGUGUUGCCAAUACAACCAAGAGAGCUUGCUUGAUCUGGUUGUCAGUGUUACUGUUUGGUAACCCUGUCACCUUGUGGAGUGGUGUAGGAACAGCAGUGGUGAUCGUUGGAGUCCUCUUGUACAGUAAUGCUCGGGAAAUUGACGCCCGCAGAAGAGAACAGUUCUCCAUUACAGAGGAAAAGAUGAAUGCCAUUAGAUAAUGGUGUAGUUUUAGUAAAUACUAUUUUUUAGUCUUAUGCAUUACUUUUGGAUAUCCAUGGUGUAUUGUACUUAAUAUUUAUGAAACUGCAAAUAUUAAUCGGAAAUUCAUCUUCAUCAUCUGAAGAAAAAUUACUUACUGAUAUUUAAUAUAAGCAUAUUACACAAACUAUCAGGUACAAAGUAGUUGUCGUAUGCAUGUUGUUAUUUGCAAGACCUCCGAGUACACAUUUAAAAUAAAUUAGUGUAUGAGAUAAUGAUUGAAGUAUUCUAUGUGCACAUUGAAAUCUUUGGAGAUUGAACACCAUAAGUAUAUAGUUCAAAUAUCAUUAAUAAAGCUUAAUACUGAAAGUUUGGUUCAAGCACAAUGAAUUAUUUCAGACAUUAUGGAAUGGGUUUAGUUACACAGUACAGUACAGUAGUAUAUCCUUUCUCAGUAAUGCCAGAUUCUAACCCCUCCACCCUUUGCAAUUUAUAACUUUUUUUUCAGCAGGUAUUGUAAUCCUAAAUUUAUAUUUAGUUUUUAAACACUACAGUAUUGUAGAUUCAGAGAUAGAUAUUUUAUAUUUUAUUUUUCAGUGUAAAUGGUCAUCACAAAGUUUUAGCUUAAUUUACUGGAACAUUUUAGUACUGCAUGUGAUUUGUUUUAUUUCCAAUACAGUACAGUUAGGAUUUUUGCUCAAAAUACUGUUUUAGUUCCCAUUAUGAAAGUGAAAAAGAAUAAUCACUUCUUCAUAUUUUAAGUAAAAUAUUCAUUGGUACAGUAUUUACUUUCGGUGUUUUGUAAAUCUGCAUCUGUAUUGAAAAGGAAAGAAUGAAUAAAAUUGUUUUUACAUACAGUAAACUUCAAACUUUAAUGUAGUUUUUUAUUUCAAUGUGGAAAAUACCAUUGUCUCAUAAGCUCUAUGGUCACCAAGCACUGUAUUAAUAUAUCUUCCUAUUAUCUGUACAGUACUCUCUCACUGUUGUGGUGAAUCAAGAGUACAGAAAACAAAUAAAUAGAAAGAAAGAAGGAAAGUGAUGCAAGACAGAUGUAGAGAGUGAGAGUAAAGUGCUAGAUUGGCAAUAAAAAAUAUCCACACAUAGUUGGUCAUGCCUCCAGCUUGCAUAGCACCUAGUAAUAAUCAGUGUAUAUCAUGACAUGAUACAUACCGAUAGGUUAUAUAUAAAAAGUAGAACUCGUUAAUCCGUACAGUCAUAUUUUGGGUACUGUAUUACCCUUAAUCCAGGUGACUCUUAGAAUACAGUGCAACUUAUAAAGGGGUCCUUUUGUCCUUCAACAGAAUCCCCCCACUGCCACCCAGGGUUAGUCUGUUAAUCCAUCUGGAUAUGCCAACCACUUUCCCUUUCCUUCAUGUACUGCCAGCCUAAAAAGAGGGGAACUGGUACAACAGAUACCCCCUUCCCUGUACCCACCUAAUUCAUGUUUACUCUCCAGUCAGCACUUGUGGUAUAUCAGAUAAGCACGUUUUAGGACUUUUGAAUGCUCAAGCAGAUGCACUGUAUAGGAUAGGGAUAAGGUGUAGCACGUUGAAUGGAUGCCAAUUGACAUGAACUGCACCACUCUUUGAAUCUUUCUUCAAAGAUUAAACUUUAGUUGGUGUGGUUGACUUUAGCAACAACACAAAUACCAAUCUGUAUAUAUAUUUUAAGAAGAUGUACAGGGUAUUUAAAAACUUGUGAUGAUCUGGUGGAUGCACUCCUUGGCUGAAAUAAUGCAUGCAAGCUUUUUUUUAAACAAUGGCCUGCUAUGUGUGGUACCCUGAAGUAGAUCCAACUCCACGGACUUAAACAGUCAUCUAUUAAUGCUCACCUUCUGUCUUAAGGGCAGCUCAUUUGUACUUCAGACACUUUCAGUUGACCCAGCUGUGAAUGGGUGUAGUAUAUCUUAAGAAGUGCUUAACUUCAGAGAUGAGGGAGUAUAUGGCAGUUGAAAUAGCCAAUUUUUUUCUUAUUUCUAGGUGGAUAGAUAUUUGAUUGUGUUCUAUGCAGAUUAAUCAAUCCUAUGAGUAAUGGCCUGCCAGACACAUGGGAUCUGAUUUGGCCUAAUAUAGAUUCCUUGUCAGAUUGUACUGAAAGUUAGUAAAAGACAACUUUCUACCUUUCUCCUAAGUUUAAUUUCAUGAUGGGAUUUGAUUGGAUAACAUUGUUUCUUUAGUCUUUCCAGUGUUUUAGGUUAAUGUUUAGUUCAGUGAUUGAGUCAUUGGUGAUUGGUAAUUGGAUUCUUCAUAGGUUUCUUUCAUCUUUAUUUACCCAUAGGAAUUCCUACUUUUAUAUCUGCCUUAUGCAGAAUGCACACAAUUCACUUGUCACUCACAAUUUCAACACAUCAUCUCUGGCAGAAUGUAUAUGUCCAUAUUAAAGGCUCUGGACCUUUGGAGGUUAUCAUUCCUGGGUGAGUCCAGGAUAACACCUGAUCUGUUUGGUAAGAAUUUUAGUUUGCCAACCCAGAAUAUACAAUGGUUCAACUCUUGGAGGUCCAUUCCUCGAGCUUUUAUAGCACUUCCUCAUCCCUUUGGUUUCAGCUGGCAUUGUAUUAUAAGAGGCACCUGGUUUUAGGGCAAUAGCCAGUAAUAGAGGAUUGAUCUUAAAAUCCCUUUUUCUGGCAGAGCCUGAAGCCAAGCAGCUCAGAAACCCUCUCUCGUCCCUUGGGCCUGUAAUCAGUCAGCUAAAACUGAGAGUACAGCCAGUUGACUUAAUCUGGAUUCAUGCAGAUUCAUAGAGGGGAAGGCCAUUACAGUACUUGAACAUGUUAAAAGGUGACAUGUUUCUAUUUAUUCAUCAUUUUAAAACUUUAUGAUUAUUAAAUCAUUAUUCAGGGUCUUCUUUGACUAGCCAGCUGCCACCACUUGUAAACAAACUUCAUGAUGCACCAAUUGUCUUUUCUCUAGCUUUUGCAGACAUCUCACUUGUUUCAGCAAUUGAAAAACUUCUGGGUAUAGCACAAUCCUGCAAGGCCUCAUCUAGAUGCUUUGUUGUUUUUUUCGUUUCGUUGGGCAAACACACCAACAAAACAUCCCAUUGUGAUGCAAAAGCCUUUUGUUUUGUUGGCUGGACCAUGUUUGCCCAAUAUGUUGGGAGGAAAAGUGCCCAGUGUGCUGCCGGCUUUACCUGUUUUUUCAAUCCUGUAGACUUAUGGGGAAAUUUGUGAAUGGUCUGGUUCUGGCAACUAAAAUUGAAAUUCAGGAUUAAUUCCUUAUUUAUUCAUUCUUUCUUGACUGGUUAUGUGCACUUACUCACAAUUUAAGUGGAAAUAUAGCUCAGUUAAAGUUGAUAUUGUUCAGGGUUCACUGCUGUUGCAGAUAAAUACAAUUACUGUACAGUUUAUUUGCAGUUUGUAGGAAAACAAAUAGAUUUGAAUAACAAAAGAUAAUUCAUGAUUCAUAAUGACUUCUUUCAUAAGUUCUGUUAUACUUAGGAAACUUUCUCUUUGCUUAAUUGUUGAAAAGAAAGUUUUGUUCAGAAAAUGUGUGAAUAAGCUAGUUGUAGAGUAGAUUGUGUUUAAUCUAAUUAACAAGAGAUGAUUGUGUACCUCCAGUAUUGACUCAUAUUUUACUUAGAGUUGACCUGUGCUCAAACUUUAGAUAGAAUACUGUUAUGUCUUCCCGAUGUUUUCUGAUUCUAGGACCAUUUAUGAUUAUUAGGAAAUACAGUAUGUCCAACCUUUAUAUUGGUGAAGAUGCCAAUGACCAAUUUGUACUGUAACUAUAUUGUAAUAAGAAACAUUCCAGCUUUA